UCAAGUAAAGAUGUUCAGAAGCUGCAUGAAACGCAGCCACCAGCACUUUGCUGGUGUCUGGAGCAUUUUUCUUUUACUUCAGCAGUUUCAAGUUGUCCUUUUGCAGAAUAUUCAAGGGACUUCAUCUCCCUACUUACAAGAUGCCAGCACCGUAGACAAUUCCUGGAUGCCAUACUAUUUCAGCAUUCCAGAGCAUGGAGAGGAGUAUGGACAAUGGGAGGAAGGAGGAGGAGAAGAAAGUAUAUCUAAUGAUACUCUGAACUGCUGGGAAACCAUUCGCAAUCUUACAACAAGCAUUUCAGCAGUUGUACACCAGCAGCAGAGUGAAACAGUGUCCAAAAUUAAUGAAUGGAUAACUUCCUGCAACUCCACAGAUGAGCAACAACUGUACCAUUUCUGGAAAUCUCAGCCUUUUCUAAGCUCUCUGUACACAGUUCUGUCUGCAGUGCUUUAUUCUAUCAGUGACUGUCCUGGUAUGGCUGACAAUCGACUGGAGGAAGCUGUGAAUGAGAUGGGCUGUGAGUUGGUGAGUGGAGUAUUAGAUGCAAUGCAUAUGAUGAUGGAUAAUUCAAGUAAUAUUUCUGAUGAAACAAAUGCUACAGAGACAGAAAGCUGCUUGACUGAAGAAGCGUUGCUUUUAGAUGACCCAAUGGAAAAUGAAUUAAUGGAGAAGAAAGCUGAAGUUCUAUCUGAGAGUGUUGUUGGAAUGGGAGAAGUGCUUAAUUUGCUGAAGUCACUUUUUGAAACCCAAGUGGAGUCUGAAAGGUUAGAACUGCAGGCUGAGAUUGUCACAAUCACAGACAAAAUAAAAAAAUCAAUGAACUCAUUGGAAAAAACAGAUGAAGGGACUUUAAAGGGGAAGGACAAUGCUUUCCAGAAUGGAACAUGGCAUCAUGGUUCAAGACUAUCCAAAAAAUCCAGCAAAUGUUUAGACCCUGCCAAAUUGAAAGAGGGAUCUGUUCCAAAGCUUUCCAAUUCAUCCAUAAGACAAGUCUCUCGAGCAAAAAGGAGCAACAGUGAAGCGUUUCAACAAUACAAAGACAACAGCUUGAAAAAGGUUUCCAAGAUGAACACGUUGUUAAAAUGAGGCCGAUUACUGAAGAGCUGAUGGAAGCUCAGCUGUGGUAUUGGGAUGGGCCACAACUCAUCAACGUGGUAAGCGACUUGGUUCUGUCUGUUAUUAAGGGGAAUACUAGUGAAGAAAGCAGUCUGAUUUUAGUUAAAUCAAACAAGGACAAACAAAAUCAAAGUUGGAAAUCAGCCAAUGAUAUGAUAAUCCAGGUUUCAUGGAAUACUAGUGCCGUGACAUUAAACAUUAGCAAUGGGCUUGUUGCUCUCCAACCAAUAGGUGGUGGAAUCUUUCAGAGUUGGGAAUUCAUUGACAGCAAUGAAGUCUCUUCUAAUCCUGACAGACUGCAUUGCUCAGACAGUUCACCACAGGAUCGCACAUAUUUUUUUAUCAGGAACAAACAGCUGCCAUGUUUAUUGCUUACAGCAACAUCCAAGGGACAAAGCCCAGUAUUUAUACAUUAUAAUACAAGCACUUUUGAGAAACAACUUUGGUACUGGGAACAAAACCAUUUAAUUAAUGUAGAUACUGGACUGGCGCUGCAUAUUGAACAACCAAAUCAGUCCAGAGAGUCUCGCGUUGUUCUGUUGCCCAUGUUUAACUUUGAAAGCUCUCAGAAAUGGAUGUUUGAAGAUGGGGUCUUUGAAUCAAUGUUUGAUGAAGAAUGUGUUUUAGAUACUGUAAAGAAUGAUGAAGAGAUGCAUAUACUACACAUUGUAUGCUCCAGUGGAAGAAAAGUGUCUCAGUGGGAAAUUAUUUUAUUGAACGAAAUCUCAAACAGGACAGAAGAGGUUGUGUGUCUCUUUUUUAUUCAAAAUAAACAUUUUCCAUGUGAGGUUCUGACUGGGUUUGCUGAAUCCCAAGAGGUCAACCUCAGACCUGUAACUGAUGAACUGAUAGACUCCCAGCUCUGGUACUGGGAUGGAAAUUAUCUUAUUAAUUCUAAUAGCGGUCUAAGUUUGGGGAUUGUAAUGAAUGAGAACAAUUACGUUGCUUUAGUGAACAUAACUCUUCAAGGAAACUACACUUGGGCCAAAGAUGCUGACUAUAUCCAAUCAGACGUUCUGAAUAACAGUGUGCUUACAUUAGAUACUAUCAAUGAUGGCAAGGUGCAAGUUGUGGGAGCAGAUUCUGACAUGAUUCAUAGUGCUUACACUGUUCAAAACUGGACAUUCAUUCAAAAAAAAAAGCUUUACUUAACCCUGAUGUACUUUACUGUAAGGAUAUUGCAGAGAAGACAGUGGAUCUAUAUUUCAUAAAAAGUUCAUCACAGCCUUGUAAACUUCUGACAGCAACAGCCAAAGGUGAAAGUCCUCAGUUGAAACAUUUUGAUGAAGACAAUAUUGAUAUGCAGCUCUGGUAUAAAGAAGGAGAUCAAAUAAUCAACAAAGCUUUAGGGCUUGCAUUGCAUGCUCAUCAAGAACUAAAGGAUGUGUCGGUUAUUCUAUGGGACAGCUUUGCAUUUGCCACAAGCCAAAAAUGGGGUAAACAUUCAAGUACUCUGAAAUCAAAAAAAUAUAACCACUGUGCUCUCACUGUUGAAAACGGGGCUCGUAACCCAGAUGAGUUGACAGUGACAUGUAAAAAACAUGUUCACCAGCACAAGCAACACUGGGAGUUUGUAGAAUACACAACUGCUACUAAAAACCUUGAUGCUGUCGCCUGUUUCUAUUUCAUAAGGAAUGGACAUGAAUCGUGUGAAUAUUUGACUGGAUUUUCGGAAGGGCAGCAAGUUAAACUACGUCCAGUAAUUAAAGAAUUGUAUAAAAAUCAGCUUUGGUACUGGAAUGGUGCUUAUCUAACACAUAUGAAAUCUGAUCUGGUACUGGGUAAGAAAAAUACAUCUAUCAAUGCUAUUUUGCAGAAUAAACACUCUGACUAUACUAACCCUAAUGCCCAGAAGUUUAUGUAUGAUGAUAACAAAUUCCUUUCCUCAUCUGAUGACAAAAAGGUACUAGAUAUCAACAUUGAUGAUGAUGGUAACAUAUAUUUUAAUCGUCUGUCUUCUGGGGUUUCACAACAUUGGACAUUUAUUGAAAUGACCUGGGGUUUAGAAAAUGAAGAUCAACUGUCCUGUGCACCAGUCAAACAAGAUCCAAUAUUGUUUUUUAUUAAAAAUUUCAACAAGCCAUGUGAAUUGCUCUCUGCAAUUGGAAAAGGUGAAAGUCCACAAUUUCAACAUUUUGAUAGUGAGAAUUUACAUUUGCAGCUCUGGUACUGGGACAGUUUCCAUUUGGUGAAUAUAGGGACUGGCCUGACUCUACAAGUACAAGAUAAAACCAAAAAUGUAGUGCUGUGGCCCGUCUAUGCUUUUGGUAAUGGUCAGAAAUGGCAACAGAAUGAAAACAAAAUCGGACUUGUGAAAAAGCCAGACUGUUUGCUGGAUACCUCAACAGACAGAGGUGAAGUGACACUAAAUGCAAACUGUGCUGCCAGUGGAAACAGCAGUACUUGGGAAAUGAUAGAAUUUGAUGAUGAACUGAGCAAUCGUAACAGAUUGCAGUGCACCUAUUUCAUAAAAAAUGGAUUACAGCCUUGUGAGCUCUUGACUGGGUUUUCAAAAGGAGAAAGUGUUAAAUUAAGACCACUGUCUGAAGAAUUUUUCAUGAGCCAGCUGUGGUAUUGGGAUGGAAAACAUCUCAUUAAUGAUGGUAACCAGUUGGCAUUACGUGUAGACAUCCAAGGACUUAAUGUCAUUCUGUCAACACAAAUAAAUGUGUUUAAAAGUCAGAUGUGGGAAAGGGAUAGUCUAUAUCUGAAAUCACAGGGGAAAGAUGGACAUGUUAUGGAUCCUAAUGGAGCAAAUGUUGGCUUGUCCAUUCCUGAUAACAGUGACAGACAAAAGUGGCAUUUCAUUCAAAGCGAAGUCGGUCUUAAAAAUCCUUCGUUACUGCACUGCCAACCAGAUCGAGAUGGACUUGAAAGAUAUUUUGUAAAAAUUGAGCAGCACCCAUGUAAUUUGAUGACACAGAUUGAAUGUGGAGAGGUGAAUCUGCAUGCCUACAAUGAGGAGAAAGUUCAGGAUCAGCUGUGGCUUCAGGAAGGAGCUCACAUCCUCAGUGCUAACAAUUACCUAGCUCUCAGUAUCAAAAACCCUAAAAUACCCAAUGCAUUAUCUGUAUCAUUAAAGACAAAGUACAGCUACGAACAUUAUCAGAUGUGGGAAAGACAUGAACAUCUGAUUAAGUCUCAGUUUAAAGAUGCGUCGAUGGCUCUGGGUUAUUAUAUAGAUAGCCUACAAAUGCAUGAAAUUGAUGGCACAGAUGCACAGAAAUGGACCUGGCUUCUUUUAAAAGAUGUUAUAGCAGAUAACAAAUUAUUAAGAUGUUCACGUUGUUAUGAUAAAGCUGAAGAGAAAGCAGCAAUGGUUAUGGGAUUUAUACCAGCUGUUUCUUUAUUUUAUAACCUUUUCCGAGCUGCAGUAUAUGCAGGGAAAGGGUGUAAUGAUGUGGCUAUAGAGAGCCUUCAGGAUGCAGCAAUUGAUAUUGCAAUGGAUCUGGGCAUUUUGGUAACAGGAGGUGCUCUUUCUGCUGUUGCUUAUGGAGCAAAAACAGGAUUUAAAUUUGGGGUAAAAGCUGGGGUUAAAGCUAUAGAAAAAGCCAUAAGGGCUUCUGUCAAACUACCAGUACUUGCAAUGAAGAUGAAAAUGAAAAUAGCGAUACAACAAGGUAUAAAAACAACAAUUAAGAAGUCUCUUGGCCAAACAAUAAAAACAACAUAUCUGACAGCGAAAAACACUGUCAAAUUAAUUAAGCAAGUUUCAUUGAAAACAGGAAAAGUUGUAAAGCAAAUCCCCAAAAAGAGUGUCAAGAUUGGGAAAACUUUGAAGAAACAGAUUAAAGAUGUGUCUGGCAGCAAGAUGUUUAAAAGCACAAAGAAAAUGUUAAAUGUAAAGAAUUUAAAAAGGACAGGUAUAAUUGCAGGACAAAAUAUAAAGAAAAUGUCCAAAAAAAUGGCAGGGAAACUGAAAGAAAUGGGAAAUCAAUUGGCGUCCAAAGCUGAGAAGCAAGUGAAGCGAUUGGAUGACAUUGAACAUGGGAAAGUUAAGAGCACCAAGAUUCGAUGCAAACGUAUGCUUGUAAAUUGUGGAUUUCCACCAACUGAAUUUCCAAUUGAUUCUGAAAUUAAAAAAACCUUUUCAAGUAUUAAGGAGAAAGGAAAAGAAGAUUUUCCAGAAGUUCUGAACUCACGUCAACAUGUCUACCUGUAUAUGCAAAAUAAAGAUGAUGAAUUAGAGAAGGUCUUUGGGAUAGAUAUAGUAAAGUCUAAAAAUCAAAAUCUACAUACUGAACAAGCACUGGAUAACAAUGCACUAGAAAUACUAGAAAGAAAAGAAAACAAAGGAAAAACGGUAUAUUGGUAUAGUUUAAACACUCCUUGUCAAACUCCUACUAAAAAUAAUCUACUAAAGCCUUGUUUUCAAUUUAUUAUUGACAAAUGUAAGGAGUGGUAUAAUAGUCAGAGGAUGAAAUGUGUGGUGGGAUUUGACAAGUGGUAUGCAACUCAAGAUAAGUCUUUAAAACAAGAUAUGUAUAAAAUUUAUACAUCUCAAGAUCAGAAUAUAAAUGCUAAACUCGAAGACUUUCAAAGAGACUAUAUACAAACCAUUGAAGAUAAUCUAAAACAAGGCAUACCUUUAUACACUGAAAACAUUGUCAGUGGAUUUGUUGAUGCAAAUAAAAGUAAAUUAAAAAGUAUACUGAAACAAACAAAAGUAAAAGAUACAGAUAUCCUGUGGGAACGUUUGAAAGUGUUUUGCAGAGACUAUCUAGCUAAAAUCAAAGAAGUAAAGUGCAAUUCAGUUCAAGACCUUAAACAGGAAAUCACUGAGAAUAUAUUAGAAGAUCACAUGCCUGGCUAUUUAGAACAAACGUUGGGACUGCAAAAAAUAAAACAAAUGAGAACAUUGAUUAAAACAAAUGAAGAGGCUUUGGAGAAAGGUCGAAUGCUAAUGAACAAUCCUGACAAUGUUUUUCAAAAAGCCUUUCUAGAUGAAUGGAAUAAAUCUAUUUGGCGAAAUACUGUCGAGGAAUCUUUUGAUCAAAUAAUCAAUAAAAAUCUUUACAAACAAUUCCUCAAAACACAGGACCAAAACACCUUCAGUAACUUCCUAAAAUUUGUUAAUCUUGCAGAAUAAAGAGGUCUGAUCAGUCACAUUACCUUUCUUGUGUGUUUUAGAUUAUUAAUACUUCCCCCCAGAUCUUUGUAUUAGGAAUAUUGUUAGUUGUAAAUUGCUUUCCAACUUCUUAUAUUUUGAAUGAAAGGGUUUUAUUAAUGAGAUUUUGCUAUCAGUUGUGCACAUGUAUCCCCCUUAAUUAAAUAGGUGUGUAACCUUGGAUUAAUGAGUCUUUAUGUGUUCUAACCAUGAACUUCAAUGUGAAGAAAUUACUCUGGCUAUUUUAACCCUCUAUUGUAGGUAACAAUUAUUGCUCAGGUAGCUUCAGUUCUGAAAUUGCUGAAUUGCUGCAUGGAUUUAUUUAGACUUCUCUGGAAGUAAGAGCUACUUCCAGAUAAGUCUAAAUCCUUCCAUCCAUAACCCUAACCCAUAACUGCUUAAUCCUUUAGAAGGUCACUGCGGUAAGCUAGAACCUAACCCGGCUGGCACAGGGCACAAGGUGGGACUAAGUCCAUCGCAGGGAACCAUACACACACACAUAAGCACACACUCACACAGAGAGUAAUUUAGAGUGACCAAUCAACCUGAACAGCAUCUUUGGACUGUGGGAGGAAACCCAUGUGAACAUGGGGAGAACAUGUAAGUCUAAAUCAAUAAAGGGCAUUAUUUUUGUAAGUUCCCAAUUGAACUAACACUUCAUAAUAUAUUUUGGUAAUAGCUUCCCAAAAAUGCUAUGAUUUUUUUCUCUCGACCGUACAGUAUAAAUAUUUUAUAAUGCAUGCAAUAGAAGGUUAAACUAAUACAAAGGGAAAAUAUUAGUUGAGAAACUUGAUUAAUAUAGUGGCAAUUCUUAAAGAAUCAUUAGUAUAGAAUUAUUGAUAGAGUGUGAGAUGUAAACUCUUUAUUACAAAUAACUUUAUUCUGUGAGAAAAUGGUAACGGAGCAACUGAAUGUUUUUUUGUUUGUUGUUUGUUUGUUUUUAUUUCACUUUUUACUGUUUUAUUGUGUUGAGCUGUGCUAAUUAUAUGAUGUGAAAAUUAAAUAAUACCAAAAUAGGCAUUACCUCUCUCCUCUCUGAAUACAUGCACAGAAUACACCUCCAGUAAUGUUAGAAUUAACCAACUUUCAUUUUAUCCAUGGAAACAGUCUCCAUGGCAGUUAUGGAACCAACGUCUAUUCUAUUAGCCUCAAAAUCUAAACUUUAGUUUCUAUAGUCUCUUCAUAAUUACAGUAUUAAGCGUACUACCUAAUAAUCUAAGCAAUAACAUAUAUUCUCUCAUUUAAUUCAAUUCUAACUAAAUAUUUACAGGUUUCUUUACACUUAGAAUGACAUUUUCAGUGUUUUUAUUUUUUACUAUCAUUUAGGAAUCAUUUUUCCAUUAAUGGGUUUUAGAUCAUAAAGUACUAGAGCUUUUUUAAAGGUGCUUUGUGUUCCUAAUGUUUAUUUCUUGGAUUAUAUCUGUUUAUGGGACAUGUAAUGUAAGAUUGUGUUGAAAUGCUGAGUGAUGCACUGAAUAACUAUUCACAAUUGACAGUUACUAAUCACUGACCGUUACUGAUGAUUUAUUGACUGCCUCUGUGAUCUUUUGUUUUUUUAAAGUGUAAUAGUUGUAAAAACAAGUGAUUUGUACCAUGUAUUACAUUUUGUAUGACCUUUUUAUAUUUUACUUUUGAUUUACUGUAUGUGCCUUAAAUAAAGCUUUGCUGAACAUU